GUUUGUCAGUCAGCGUCGCGUCGGUGACGAAAACGAACGGGUGCAGAAAUAGCUUUCCCUAAAAGCCAGUUUCGAUUGUUGUAAAACUUUGCUAUAGGCAGCCAUCGGCCUUACGGUUGGAUCCAACGAAACCAUGAAUCCGUCCUCGUUGGUUGAGUAUUACGGAAGGCACUCCAACUACCGCUGCGGAUAUUGCUCGCAGCCGGUUUCAUGCCAUUCCUACGGUAUGUGGGCGCACCAAUUGGGCUGCCAGGAUUAUCAGGAUUUGAUUGAUCGGGGCUGGAGAAGAUCCGGUUGUUAUUGCUACAAACCGAUCAUGAGAGUUACUUGCUGCCCAUCUUACACGAUCAAAUGUGACGCGCUCAACUUCCAGCUGAGCAAGUCGCACAAGAAAAUUAUCAAACGUGUGAACAAGUUUCUGCGUGAUGGCAUCAAAGAGCCACACGAAAGCGAAGAGUCCGCCGACGACGAGCAGCUCCAGGAAGGUAGGGAUUGCGUUAUGAUGAAAGCACCUCGGGCUCCUUCGAAGCAGCCGCAGUUCGCAGACAUGACGGACGCUACGCUGGAGGAUUUGGCUGUUGCUAAGCCCAGUGACGCUCCGACCGAUCAGGUAGAUGGUACUUGCAUGACGAAAGUGUUGACCGGAAACACAUCGAAAGUUUCGACCCAGUCGAAGGGUUUCGGGUCAGCCAAUUCGGCUAAGAAAGCAAAGUUGUUGCGCAUCGAGCGAAAGGAGGAAAAGUUGCAAAAGAAGGGAAUCUCCGGCGUGGAGCUGAAGCACAUGAUGAACAAAGCGAAGGGGAAGAAUAUCGUGAAAACGUUGGAAGAUUUCCUUGACGAUGCACCGCGGGACGACGAACCGGCAGCACACCGGUUGAAGGUAAAGUUGGUCAAAUCCGAGGAAGGUGCCACGGUCCCCUCCUACAAAGUGUACACCGCGUACCAGCAGCGCAUACACAAGGAUUCACCCUCCAAGCUGAGCAUCGACCGCUACAAGCGUUUUCUAGUCAAAACUCCGCUCAAGAUUGUGACAGUUUCGACUUCCGGGGCACAAUUUAAAGAGGCCCAAAUUGCUUCGUACGUUCUGUUUGAAAAGUAUCAGACGGUUAUCCACAAUGAUCGCCCCGGUUCGAUUGCUGACUAUCUGGAGUUUUUGGUGGAAUCCCCACUUAAGGCAUCCGGAGAAUUGGGCUCGUUUCACCAGCAAUAUUGGCUGGAUGAUCGUCUGAUCGCCGUCGGUGUGAUCGACGUGCUGCCGUACUGCGUUAGUUCGGUGUACUUUUUCUACGAUCCCGAGUUUCAAUUUCUUUCUCUUGGCACCUACGGUUCGCUAAAAGAGAUCGCUUUCUCGCGAGCGUUGCACAAGCAGGUGCCAACCCUCAAAAAUUACUACAUGGGAUUCUACAUCCAAUCGUGCCCCAAGAUGCGCUAUAAGGGGAACUUGCAGCCAUCCUACUUGCUCUGCCCGGAGGUGUUCUCGUGGCAUUUGCUCGACACGUCGGUUAAGGAUAAACUGGAUGUCAGCAAGUACUGCCGGUUGAACGAAGAUCCGGAGGCGGAAGAUGAUAACCUGCCGAACGAGCGUGAUCUAGGUGACAUUCUUGUAGCCCGCGAGGCUCCGUGUAUGACGUACUCGGAGUUCCAGGAAUCUUUCGAGGAGCUUCCCGAGUUGCGCGAAUAUGCUCGUUUGGUGGGCAAGGAGUGUGCCUCAAGAAUGUUGCUGUGUGGCGUUUAAUCUGCGGCCGUCUCAAAGAGAGGAUCGCCUAUUUUAUCAAUGCUGAACGAUAUUUACUGUCGCUCUCGAAUUUAUAAUUUGUGUUUCUUAUUUCCAUUCAUAUAUUACAUUAUAUAUUUUCGCCCAUAUAUUUGCGAACAUGCUACUUACCUACCGUGCUACGAAGCACCAGCUAACAAAAAGCUGAUAAUUGCAUAGAGUUCGAAUCAUGCAAUAAAAUUACUAAUAUUUUAUCGAUUUUUAAUAUUUUAUCGGAAAGAUUUUAAAACAACGGCUUGACGCACAAUAAUAUAUUUCGCUUGCAUA